UCUCUCUUCCUUUCUAUACAGCUCCCUCUUGAUUUCUCACUUUCUCACUCAUUCAUUCACUCUCUUUCUCUCUCACUUUCUCACUCAUUCAUUCACUCUCUUUCUCUCUCACUCUCUCAUAUUCACACAACAACACAGACCAAGAUACACAAUACAGCUUGCAUUCAUCAGCAGCAGUGACUGUACAACUCUACAGCAGGAUACACAUCUCAGUCAACGUUGUUACACUGAGAAAGAUUUAACAGCAACGAUUUAACAUAAAUGCCUGUAAAAAAAUUUUUUUUUUUAAUUUCUGACUAAAGUGAUAUUAAAAGAUAAUAUGAAGAUUAAUCUUUCCAUGGUGUUGUUGUUUAUAAAGCUAGCAGUGUCUGUUGAUCUUACUUAUCAUGUGAAAGAGGGUCAAAGGCCUGGAACUUUUAUUGGUGAUAUCACUGCUGAUACUAGUUUGUUAGACAGUAUCUUACUGUCUAAUCGCAAACCAAUCACAUUUAGUCAACUGUAUGAAAGAUUAAAUGGUAAUUCACAGUUAUUUAAUGUUACCAAGGGAGGAAAAUUAUACACCACACAUACAUUUGAUGCUGAGUCACUUUGCAAAUAUAACAGCGAAUGUUCAAGAAUAAUUGAAAUUGCAGUUCAACAAGAGGAAACUUUCCUGAAGAUAAUUGAACUGAAAAUUAUUAUAGUUGAUGAUAAUGACAACCCUCCUGAAUUUCCAGUGAAACUUAUCCAUCUCCAGUUCUAUGAAAGUGAUAAAAAAGGAACAACAAAAUCUAUCCCAAAUGCCAUGGACAAAGAUGUUAGUAUUGCAAAUUCUCAAAUUACAUACCACUUAAGCAAGGAUGAAGACGAACCAUUUGGUCUAUCGAUUUUAAACAGUGUUCUUGGUACCUCGAAAUUAAAAUUAAGUUUAACUCAAGAACUCGAUCGAGAAGUGAAAAGCCAUUAUUCACUCCAGAUUGUUGCCAGUAAUGGGGGGUUCCCAAGAAAAGUUGGCAUUUUGAAAGUUGAAGUGUCUGUUAUAGAUGAAAAUGACCAUGCACCUGUCUUCACACAUAAUACAAAUAACAUUACUAUAAGCAGUGCACACCAGAGAAAUGAGCCAGUAAUCACGAUGUUUGCAGACGAUUUAGAUGCUGGUGAAAAUGGGAAUGUUUCAUAUAAUUUCAAUCUCAAAACCUCAUCACUGACACAAUCUUAUUUUAACAUAAAUAAAAAUACAGGAGAAAUAUUUUUAAACAGUAAUUUUCCAUAUGGUAAAAGACAAACCUAUAACCUCUUCAUUGAUGCCACAGAUCAUGGUAGUCCUCCAUUGAGUUCUACAGCAAUUGUUCUCAUUAAUGUGUUAAACCAACAGAAUAAUGCCCCAAGGAUUGAUGUGAAAUUUGUUUCUAAAUCUGAUGGAAAUGUGGUUACCAUAUCAGAAGGAUUGAAAGUUGGUAGUUUCAUUGCUUAUGUGAAGGUCACUGAUGCUGACAGUGGCCACAAUGGAGAGGUUGAUUGUAUUCUAAAUCACGAGAAGUUUAUGCUUCAAAGUCUGGGGAAAAAUAAAUAUAAAGUUGUUAUCAAAAGUCUUGUUAACAGAGAAUUAGAAAGUCACAUGGAUUUAAGUAUUGUCUGUGAAGAUAAGGGAUUUCCA